AUGAAUAUUCCAAUUUCGCAUUCCGAAUAUAAUAACAUUCCUAGCCUUGGGAAAGCUCUGUUAGCCUUGGAAACCAUCCAAGACCUGAUGGUUAUAGGUGAUAUCUUCUUCAAACAUACUAUGCAAGCUACUUGGGGAUUAUGUCUUGUUCACCGUCAUUUUAAUUUAAAGCCAAAUGAAGUUAUGCUGGAGCAACCCUAUUAUUCAGAUUCACACAUAGUCACAAAGGCAGUUGACGUGAAUGAAGUUACUACGUCAUUCACAGGAUCGAGCUACUACCUCAGCGAGGAAAGUAAACUUCAAGCUUUCGAAUAUCGAUAUGGUACAAAUACUUAUAUUGAGGAGACUAUGCAGAGUGAAAAGUUCUUUGUUUUCCUACGCGAAUUUGAGCAAUUGCUCGUUAAGUUGGGACUCCGUAACAUCCUUGGUCUAAUCCCUCGGGCAUAUAUUACAUAUGGUCUCGAGAAAUCAAAUUACGAGAAAAGGGAGAAUGUCGUACAACUAUUGGGAGAUGGUGUGCCUGUUGAAGAAAAUUCUGUGGUAACUGCGUGGACUUUUGAUGAGUGUGAGAUUACUGAUCAAAAAAAUUGCGUUACAAGAAGACUUUGCAUGCCCAACCUUUAUUGUGUUAAAGUUGAUUCCAAACACGUGAAUGUGGAAGACCACAAAGCUGAUUCUUAUCACGAAAAAUACCCUUGA